GUGUCGACUAAUAAUUUGUGAGACGGAAUCACCGAAGAAUCAAACCAAACCACACGACACCAAACCACGGACGGACAGACCACCACGACCCUCCUCCCCUCCAUAAACCCUUCUCUUUCUCUCUCUACUUCCUAUUGAUGAAUGAAUACUCUCAGUGAUAGGUCAACUUAAUCAGUAAUGUUUUCUGGUCAAAGCGUGUGUAUCGGAGGGAUCUUGUGUUAUCAACAAUGAAUUUUGGGUUUCUGAGUAAUAUCCCCUGGUUUAGGACCCAUGCAAACAGAGACAUGGGGACAAACUUUAUGUCCACAACUGCACUUCUGGAAACACCUAAACAAAGAGCUCAUUUCAAUAUCAAGUUGUGGGGUUGGUCUCUUCUUGCAUUUGUUCCUUCGUUUAUCAAUGCUGGUGACAAAAUUCAAGUGCCAUCUGUUGUUAACAAGGAAUUGAAAAAGCGUGCACGACCUAGUCGUGUUAUUGACUCUAGCGUUGGGUAUUCCAAUAUACGCUUCAGACCAUACGUUUCGAAGGUUCCAUGGCAUACAGGCGCGAGGGGAUUUCUUUCUCAGUUGUUCCCUCGAUACGGGCAUUACUGUGGACCCAAUUGGUCAAGUGGUAAAGAUGGAGGGUCUCUUCUAUGGGACAAGCGCCCAAUUGAUUGGUUGGACUUUUGCUGCUACUGCCAUGACAUUGGUUAUGACACUCAUGAUCAGGCCGAGCUUUUGAAGGCAGACCUAGCAUUUCUUGAGUGCUUGGAAAGGCCUCACAUGAUUACAAAAGGGAAUGCUCAUGUUGCUUAUCUUUACAAGACAAUGUGCAUUUCAGGUCUCAAGAACAUACUUAUACCGUACAGAAAACACCUUUUGAAAUUACAGUCGGGGCAGUUAUCACUAUUAGUUGGGUUUGGAUGGAAUCUGCAGAAAACUUAAAAGACAGAUUAAUCAUGAGUUACAAAAAGGUACUCAGCUAGACUAUGUCAAUUGAAUCAAUUAUGGUUCAAAUUUGUUUUUUGGAGGAGAUUUGAAAAUUUGGAAGUCUUGUUUUGCUUCCUCCAAACUGCAUAUUAUGUAAAUAGUUGUUUUCACAACAUUAAUGGUUGCUUUCUGGUGCCAUUAGGAUUAAAGAGAUGUUAGUGUUCUUUAGAAUCUGUGUCUGUAAUUUCUGAUCGUAUGUAUAGUCACCUUUGUUCUUUCUAUAUUCCUUUAUGCUAAAUCUAUUAUUAUAGUCACUGUAUUUAUAUAA